GGCGGCUAGACCUGCCCACUGCCGUGAAUUUGCCAGCGGGAGCGCGCUCGCGGCCGUGCGUGCUCCGCUUUCCCGGCUCUGUCGCUGACGCGUCGUGGACGUUGGGGAAUCGGAGGGAGCGGCAGCAGGAGCGGGAUGAACAGCGGCGGAGGCUUCGGUUUGGGUUUAGGCUUCGGCCUCACCCCUACUGCGGUGAUUCAGGUGACGAAUCUGUCGUCGGCGGUGACCAGCGAGCAGAUGCGGACGCUUUUUUCCUUCCUAGGAGAAAUCGAGGAGCUGCGGCUCUACCCCCCGGACAACACACCUCUUGCUUUUUCUUCCAAAGUAUGUUAUGUUAAGUUUCGUGACCCAUCAAGUGUUGGCGUGGCCCAGCAUCUAACUAACACGGUUUUUAUUGACAGAGCUCUGAUAGUUGUUCCUUGUGCAGAAGGUAAAAUCCCAGAGGAAUCCAAAGCCCUCUCUUUAUUGACUCCUGCUCCAACCAUGACGAGUCUUAUGCCUGGUGCAGGCUUGCUUCCCAUACCGACCCCAAAUCCUUUGACUACACUGGGCGUUUCCCUUAGCAGUUUAGGAGCUAUACCAGCUGCAGCACUAGAUCCCAAUAUUGCAACACUUGGAGAGAUACCACAGCCACCACUUAUGGGAAAUGUGGAUCCUUCCAAAAUUGAUGAAAUCAGGAGAACAGUCUAUGUUGGCAAUUUGAAUUCCCAGACAACGACAGCUGAUCAGCUACUUGAAUUUUUUAAACAAGUUGGGGAAGUGAAGUUUGUACGGAUGGCAGGUGAUGAGACUCAGCCAACUCGGUUUGCUUUUGUGGAAUUUGCAGACCAAAAUUCUGUACCAAGGGCCCUUGCUUUUAAUGGAGUUAUGUUUGGAGACAGGCCACUGAAAAUAAAUCACUCCAACAAUGCAAUAGUAAAACCCCCUGAGAUGACACCUCAGGCUGCAGCUAAGGAGUUAGAAGAAGUAAUGAAGCGAGUACGAGAGGCUCAAUCAUUUAUCUCAGCUGCUAUUGAACCAGAGUCUGGAAAGAGCAAUGAAAGAAAAGGCGGUCGAUCUCGUUCCCAUACUCGUUCAAAGUCCAGGUCUAGCUCAAAAUCCCAUUCUAGAAGGAAAAGAUCACAAUCAAAACACAGGAGUAGAUCCCAUAAUAGAUCACGUUCAAGACAAAAAGAUAGACGUAGAUCUAAGAGUCCACAUAAAAAACGCUCUAGGUCCAGGGAGAGACGGAAGUCAAGGAGUCGUUCACAUUCACGGGACAAGAGAAAAGACACUCGAGAAAAGAUCAAGGAAAAGGAAAGAGUGAAAGAAAAAGAUAGAGAAAAGGAAAGGGAAAAAGAGAGAGACAGGGAAAAGGAACGUGAAAAAGAAAAGGAACGGGGGAAAAACAAAGAUAAAGACCGGGAUAAAGAACGAGAAAAAGACCGGGAUAAAGAUAAAGACAAGGAAAAGGACAGAGAGAGGGAGCGGGAAAAAGAGCAUGAAAAGGAGCGAGACAAAGAGAAGGAAAAAGAACAGGAUAAAGAAAAGGAACGAGAAAAAGACAGAUCCAAAGAGAUAGAUGAGAAAAGAAAGAAGGAUAAAAAAUCCAGAACACCUCCCAGAAGUUACAAUGCAUCAAGAAGAUCUCGUAGUUCCAGCAGGGAAAGACGUAGGAGGAGGAGCAGGAGUUCUUCCAGAUCCCCAAGAACAUCAAAAACGAUAAAAAGGAAGUCUUCUAGGUCUCCAUCUCCUAGGAGCAGAAAUAAGAAAGAUAAAAAGAGAGAAAAAGAAAGGGACCAUAUCAGUGAAAGAAGAGAGAGAGAACGUUCAACCUCUACAAGAAAGAAUUCUAAUGACAGAGAUGGGAAGGAAAAGUUGGAGAAGAACAAUACUUCACUUAAAGAGAAGGAGCACAAUAAAGAGCCAGAAUCAAGUGUGAGCAAAGAAGCAGAUGACAAGGAUGCACCUAGGACUGAGGAAAACAAAGUACAGCAGAAUGGGAAUUGUCAGCCAAAUGAAGAAAACCUCUCUACCAAAACAGAAGCGGUAUAGGACCAACAAAUGCACCUCUAAACACAUGCUGGAAUAAAAUCCAAAGCUUUUAAUUCUCUUAACAAGAUGUUAAACAGUGAAGAGAUCCAGUUGAGUAUAAAGAUAUGAGCUAACAGCUGUUCUAGUUGUUAGGUGACCUUGUGGCCAUCUUGUUACUGAGUAAGAAAAUAAAGCAUGGACAUCAUGAAAAUAACAGAUGUUACCCAAACCUCAUCUUGUAAAAUCUGUGCAUUUCCAUGGUGGCUGACACACUUGUCAUGUGGUUUGUUAGUGUUUGCCAAGAACCAUUACAAGUAAAUGGGACAUUCAAGAUCCAAAUUUGUACUAUCCGUAAAGACUGGAGACAAGCAUUGGAGGCUCUUUUAAAAAGUUCUAGUUACUGAAUUUUGUAUUGUUUUACCUUUUUUUUUUUUAAAUUUCAAUAUAUACAAAUUGAUGAUGUGCUUGAAAUCGGUGCAAAUAUUUACCCACCCUUGUAAGUGCAAAUAUGUAAGAAGUUUUAACACUUCACAGGAUUUAUAGUGAUUGUGUUAAAUUCUCACUAUUGUGUUUUCUUUUUGUCACUGUUUAGGACAGCAGUUUUUCUUUAAAAUAGUUUUACAGAUUAAAAUUACUUAAAUAAGUGGAUUAAAAAACAACCUUCAAUGCAUGCUACUACUGUUCUCUUUCCAAAGGAAGAAUGACUGUGUUGAAUACUAAUAAUAAUGUAUUAGUAUUCGGUGUUUAGAAUCAUUGGAUUUCCCCACAAAGUAAGCACUUCUUUUUUAACUUUCUUGACAUUUCCAAGCUUAUUAUAAAUAAUAUUGCAGUGUGUGUUGUCAGCGGUAGGUGGCAAAGGUGUCAUUAUAAAAAGAAAACUUGGGUUUUCAAAAUGGGCUAUGGGAGCACAAGCUGAAGCUUUAGUGCCUUCUACAAUGUGGUAUACUGUUUUCUAGAAUUUUAUAUGUGCUAGUCAUUCUCAAGUCAUAUGGAAUUUAGAUGGAUAUUCCAUUCACUCCCAUAGAGAAGUGUGUAAGUGAUACGUCAGAAGAGCUUAUUAUUUAGUUCACCUAACAUGAGAGGGAAGUCUUGUUUUCAAGAAUGACUUCAGAGCUUUUAAAACAACAGUGCAGUUUUGGGACCAUCAGUUUUAUACUGUGAUAAUUAAAAAUGAAGCAUGUUCUUAAUUUACUUAAAGCAAACCCUUUAGUUGUCUACAUGGAUGGCCUUAAUUAUUACCUCUCAAUCAUCUUCUCAUAAGUGGUGUACAGAAAAAGUACUUAAAGGAGAACACAUGAGGUGGUUUUAUAUUUAAGGAUAUGUUUACUUGGUUUAAAAUACAGGUCAUCCAUCAUUCUUAGGUUCUCUUUUUGAAGAAAGUAUGCAAGUAGUGAAAUUAUAACAUCGUUAAUAUUUUUCCCCAAUACCAUAACUCAUGGUUUCAAAACUUUUCAUUAUUGUUUAUAUGUCCAAAAAAGUUAUACCUUUUAAUUAGCGUGUUAUUGAAAAACCAAGUGUAAUUAUUUUAAUACAAUCUAAUACAAUCAAAUUACUCAGUUGCCUUACCUCAUCUUAUAGAUUUAAAAAGCUGGGUAGCACAUCAGUUACUUGGUUUCAACAUGAGUUUUAUUUAAUGUUAAUACUAUUGAAACUUAAGUAUUUGGUGGAGAAUGGAAAGAAUUGCCCUUAUUGCAAAUAAUGAAGCCUGAUUUGAUUAUGAAGCUGCUUAAUUACUCUUCAUGUGUCCAGAAUUACUGUGGUAUUUUUUCCUUUUUGUCACUGUGUACAUUAAAAUUUUUGAAAAUGCUUUACUAUGUAAAGUAUAGAUGGUCAUUUUAAUCAUUCAACCACAUACGGUUGGCUGGUAAACAGCUUAUUCUGAUACAAGAAUGCUUGGUGAAUAUGGAAAGAUCGUGAAGGAGUACUUAAUGUCUAGCAUCAACAGUUGUCUUAUUUAUGAUAUGUAAGUAGAUUAGAGCAAAUGUUUGAAUCUUUGUUAUUUUUAGUACCAUUUCUCUAAUAAAGCUAAGUAUUUUAGAGGAAA